UGGCGGUUUCCGUGCUCGCCGGCAACUCGUUUCUUGAUUGAAUUACCACCCAUCACCGCGCGAACCCAAGCCGGGCCUGCCGCCAUCUCUCGGCCGUCAGCCAUUUGAACACAUGCCCUCUUACGGCUCAAUCCACUCCCCGUCGCUCAGAAAAAUGGAGUACUCGCGCGCCCAGUAUGGCCGCAAGCGCAUGAGCCUCGGGAACAUCAUCGGUGACCCGUUCGCUUUGGCCACACUCUCCAUCGCCACGCUAGCGUGGAUUAUCUCGUUGGUCGCGACGAUCCUCGCACGAAUCCAAAUCCCCGAAGGUUUCCCUACCUACACCUACUGGACCAUCGUCUUCUACUUCGUAUUAAUACCCGGCGUUUUCGUCGUGGUCGCGUCGGAUAGCGCUCAGACGUACCAUGUCGCGCUCGUGGGGUUCCUCGGCUGCGCCUUGGUGCUCUCGUCGUCGGCUGUCAACAAUCUGAUCUAUGUCAACAACAGCGCCUGCGAGGCUGCGUCUGCGGGCUUUAUUCUGCUGUCCAUGGUGACUAUCGUCUGGAUCUUCUACUUUGGCUCCGCUCCAUCUGCGCUUCCCCGCGCAUACAUCGACUCGUUCGCUCUCACCAAGGAGUCAACGUCAACGAACCGCCAGACCAUGCCCAGUGGCUACGGCAGCCGAAGACCCGAGACGUCGACCUCGGUGCAACCGCCGCAGAUGUACACUUCGCAGCUCAACGGUCUCGAGAACCCGUCACCAGUUGGAGGCAUGACCUCGACCAUGCGGAACUCAACGACCGCCCCGGCGUUUGCGGGGUCCGCCCAGAAGACCGCCGCGCAACCAGUGAACCCGGAUGCGGAAAUAGUACCACCCACCGAGUACCCGUACAGAGCGAAGGCCAUCUACAGCUACGAGGCCAACCCCGAAGAUGCCAACGAAAUCUCCUUCUCCAAGCAUGAGAUCCUCGAAAUCAGCGAUGUCAGCGGCAGGUGGUGGCAAGCAAGGAAGGAGAACGGUGAAACGGGCAUUGCCCCGAGCAACUACCUCAUCCUAUUAUAGUCUGAAUCCGAGCAGACAGCGGAAACCCGUGGGGCGGUUGCAGCGGUAUAUCCGACAUGAUGAGACGCUCGGGGCCCACAACGCAUGAUGCCAUGUGGAUGAUUUCUUUCUUAGCUCGCGUCUGGAUGACGGUUCUCUAUAUACCCUUACGCCGAUUUGACCGCAUCCGCCGUUACAUGAAUGGGAACCGCCCGCGGCACCAGAUCGGGCCGCCCCUUUCUCUCUUCCCACGUGACCGGUGAGGGGCCGUGAGGAUGUGACAGCAUGGCGGUUACGCGGUGUGAUGGCGUGCGAAGUGCCUUUGGCUGGCUCUGGAGCGCGUUGGAUGGGGUCAAAAAUCGCGGUUGGUUU